AUGGCCUAUAACUUGCAAUUUCUAAAUGCUAAGUUGGAUUUCCCAGAAUUUGAUGAAAAUAAUGUCAGGGGAUGGAUACGUCGUUGGCAGUACUAUUUUGACUACUAUCAAGUCCUAGAGGCUGCCAAAAUGACAUAUGUAGCAAUGAGUGUCAAGGACAAGUUUGAUAGCUGGUUUGAUUCAUACGUCAUUGAUCAUGGAGGGCAGGUGUUUUGGAAACAAUUUUGUGUGGAUUUGUUUGCACGCUAUGAUGGAAUUGGGCCGCUAGAUAUGGUCACUAUUUUCAAUAGGCUACAACAAUGGGCCGACAUAACAAGUUACCAAAAACGUUUUGAGGAUCUACACUGCCGAGUCCAAGUAGUUAGACCUCAUUUUGAUGAGAUCUAUUUUAUAACAUAUUUCGUGGGGGGCCUCAAAGAGGAGAUUGGGCCACUGGUGAAAGACGCAAAUCCACAAAAAUUGUUGGCAGCCUACAAUAUGGCAAAACUCUAUGAGCAGUCCCUAAAUGCCCAAGCAAAUAAUUCAUCUGCCAAAUUUUCUAAGCCGCCCACAUAUAACCCUUCCUACAAAACUACCACCCAAACUCCAUUCCCAAUAACCAAAGGCCCAAAUCCUAUAUUACCCAACAAACCCAUAGCCCAAAAGGUCCCAAAUCUCUUCGUGAACAGAAUCUAUGUUACAAGUGCCACGGCAAGAGGAGAAGGCAGUAGGAGAGGAGGAGCAAUAGAGGUGGUUGAAAGAAUGGAAGAGGUGGACCAGGCUGAGAUUUCUUUAAAUGUAUUACUAGGCCUCAAUCAUGCCCCUUCCACAAUCAGAAUCAGCGGAUGGGUCAAGAAGCAUCCAAUUACAAUUUUGAUUGAUAGCGGGUCUACGCAUAGCUUUGUAGACCCAGCCAUUGUGAAACAACUCAAAUGGAGAACAGAGCCCAUGGCUAAGCCCAUGAAAGUAAGGGUAGCUAAUACACAAAUUAUGAGUUGUACUCAAUUGUGCCCUAUUUUCAAAUGGAAAAUGAAUGAGGAAGUGUUCUCUUUUGACUUGAGACUCCUAAAGGCUGGGGGAGUGGAUAUUAUAUUGGGAAUGGAUUGGGUGGAUACAAUGGCCCCAAUUGUUCUACACACUAGGCCACACAACAUUUCCUUUUUCAGGGGGGACAAAAUCAUCACUUUGAUAGGUUGUGAUAAUUCUGGGCCGAGUGAAUCUUGUGAUGAAAAGGUUAUUCAGAAGUUGUUAAGGAUGGGCCAAUGUAUCAUUUCGGCCCAACUAACAAAACUAGAUGCCUUAACCAAAGAUGACAGACCACCAGAACGAAUCCAAAACUUACUGUCCAGAUCUGUGGACAUAUUCCAAGAGCCUAAAAGCCUUCCCCCAAAUAAGACUUGUGAUCAUGCAAUCAAGCUGCUACCAGGGUCUAUGACUGUUAACAUCCGCCCUUAUAGAUAUUCAUUUGAGCAUAAAAAUACCAUCGAAAAAAUGGUCAGAGAGAUGAUGGAAGCUCAAACAAUUUCACAUAAAACUUCUUCUUUUGCAUCCUCAGUCAUAUUAGUUAAGAAGAAGGAUGCUACGCGGAGAUUUUGUGUGGAUUAUCGUAUGCUGAACGACAUUACAAUAAAAAACAAGUAUCCAAUUCCAAUUGUGCAAGAUCUUAUGGAUGAACUCCAUGGAGCUAAAAUAUUCUCCAAAUUGGACUUGAGGUCGGGCUAUCACCAANAUUCCGUG